GAUCCAAGAUAUAAGUUUAUGUUGAUCGAAUAUUAUUUUCCUACCAUUUAUGGAAAUGAUCAAUGUGAGAUUGAAAUUGAGAAGGUCCGCAAGCUUUGUUAUGAGCUACUAGAAGAGUACAGUUCUAAGUUUCCUAAUCUUAGAGAAAGAAGUCAGCAAAUGGAUAGUGUAUCAGCAUCUUCUCAAACACAAAUAGAUGAUCUAUCUAACUUUGACACAUAUGUUAGAGUUGCAUAUGGUGUAGAGAAUGUGAAGUCAGAGUUAGAACUCUAUUUGGAAGAGAAAUUGAUACCUAGGACUGAUGAGUUCUUUGAUAUAUGCAAUUAUUGGAAAGUAACAGGACUUAAAUAUCCUGUGUUGAAUAUGAUUGCCAAAGAUAUAUUUUCUGUGCCUAUUAGCACCGUUGCUUCGGAAUCUACAUUCAGUACUGGUGGUAGACAUGUGGGUUCACACCGAGCAAGACUUCAUCCUUCUACAUUAGAAGCAUUGAUAUGCACUCAAAAUUGGUUGGUAAAUGACAAAAAAGAAGCGACUCCACUAGUCACCAUGAAUGAUGAAGAUAAUGAUGUAGAUCCAACUAUGGAGCCAUACAUAGUUGAUCUUGAUGAUUAAGGUAGCAGAUCAAUAAAGAAGAUCUUGAUGACGCAUCAAAAGUGGAGUGCUAUGUUGCAUAUGAUAGUUUUAUUUUACUUUGUUCUCUUGAGAAACUCUCAAAAGUGGAGUACUAUGUUGCAUAUGA